GUGCCAAAUCGUCCCCUAAAGUAAAAAGACAAAUGAAAAAGUAUUUACACGUAUAUAAAGUAUGAGAAGAAAAAAGUUACAGAAAAGAGGAACUUCAUCACUUCUCAGUUCUCAUCAUGAUUCAUCUAACAACUCCAACAAAAUCAGUUUAAUUUUGGUACAAAUCCCUUAACAAAUUAGGGUUUUGUCUAGCAAGUGCUGUAAAAGAUCAUUCCAAUUUUAUUCUUCUUAAUGAUUUCUUCCAUGGCAUCCAUUACUCUCCUACUUUCUCUCUCCUUUCCUGUAGACAUCAAAGUGACUUCUUAGUCAACUCUCUUCUCAGGAGUUUACAUUGAGACUAUAAGUUGGACGGUGUUACAGCAUACUGAAGAAGCUGUUAAGAUGGAAGUAAAUGUUACGUACUGGAGAUCUUGUUAUGUAUAUUUUUUUCGAUAAUAAAGUAUUUAACAAUUUUACAUCUCUUUAUUUGAUUUGGUCUAUUGGGGAAAUCUAUGUAUGAAUGGAGGGAAGCGGUGAAUUUUUGGCGUAAAUAUAUUGAUCUUAUCGUCGCUUGACCGACUAACAAUUAUACUUUCCUCAAGGUUUGUACUUGCUAGAUUGGUACAGAUUGAAGCCAAGGUGAUUAAUUUUAUUUGGUUCCACGAAACAUAGCUAAGACGGGUUCCCUUUGUUGUGUGGCCGCUAGGCCACAUGGGUCAAAUACAACAAGUCGGGAGUGGUCUAUGGGGCCUAAUGAACUGUAUUGGCGAACCAAUACAAGCUUCUCACCACCUCCUUCAAGAUGGGAUUAUACCCUUCAAUCUGAAGGAUUGCAGUAUGGUUCCAGUGACAGCAUUCAGUUGUUUGGAUCUGCGUCGACAAAUAGUAAAGAAAGCAGGAACUGGAUAAGAGGUGGUUAUCAUCCAACUCACCAUUACUCCACAUCUGAUGGUAGUGCCCUGUAUUUUAGUAGCCCAUCUGAUGCAUCUCUUGUUCAGCCAUGGACACCUCCACCCGUACGGGGAGUCAGUAUUGAUGAAUUUGUACCUUCACAUAGGAGAGAUACGAUAUCAGGGCCGCUAAGCUUCAGACCUACAAUGGAGGGAACUUCCAUGGUUCGUGAUGGUGCGGGCUUGACUUCACCUCAUUCUGAUGGAAGUGAGUUUGAGCUCACAGGAAGGCUAAACCUUUCAACUUCCAGAAAUUUCCCAAGCCGCCGUUCUUUCAUGUCAAAACCUAUUCAUCCUUUGUCAUUCCCGGUUAAUUCCGUAACUGGAGAAGCAACCGCUAGUCCUACUGCAGGAGUUUCGGGGUUUGAUACCAGCACACCUCAAAGGGAUACUCAUCGACUGAGCAGUGGCAGCAGCAGUAUUGAUCUAACAGAUAUUUCCGAGCAGUUAGACACCGAGUUACUUGCUCGACCAUCUGCUAGCGAGAGCUUUAAAUGUGGGUUAUGUGAUAGAUUACUUUCUCAAAGAUCCCCGUGGAGUUCAAGACGGAUUGUUAGAAGUGGGGAUAUGCCCGUUGCUGGCGUACUUUCUUGUCGGCAUGUUUUUCACGCGGAAUGCUUGGAACAAACAACUCCGAAGUCCCAUAAAUGUGAUCCUCCUUGCCCUAUUUGUACCAAACUCGAGAAAGAAAAUUCCCCGGAGCAGCAUACUUUUCCCAGGUUACGCAAUCAUUUCCCGAGACUUAGAGCUUUCAGUGAAGAGGGUACGUCUCGAACUUGGAGUUGUGUUCAAGCCGGUGAUUGUGUAGAAGGGGCGCUGCACACUCCACAGAAAAACAGCUCGCUAUUCCUUAACCGACACAAAAUUAAAAACAAUGCCUCUCAGAAGAGUAACUCGAGCAAAGAUUUUCCUGGCAAGCUGAAGAAAACGAGUUCAAACCCACUGCAUCUGUUUGGCGGGAGAUUUGUUGAUCGUGAAGCAGCCGGGUGCUCAAAGACUGCGGCUGGUCCGAGCAUUAAGAAAGGAUGACAUGCAUUGUAAAGGUAAGUAGUUUAGAACUGUAAACUAAUGUUUUUUCAGAUUUGUGUUGGUUAUGAUGAUUUAUGAUCGGAAAUGGGAAGCGCGGCUGAUAUCUAAAGUGUGGUUUUGAUAGAAUUUCAAUCAUAGAUGUAAAUUGGUAGUUUCUUCGAUUUGUACUUUCGGUUUAUUUUCUCAAGAACACAAUUAACUGAGACUCGGCUGAUAUUCAUAUGGAUUUAUAUUUUAAAUGAUGUUCGCUAGUUUUCUAUUGAUGAAUACCAAGGAAAUGCUAGUAAACCAGUGUGAUAUGGCUGCUGUUCAUGAUCCUUUUAUCUGUGUUUUAAACAAGUCUAACAGUUAAUUUCCUACUAUUUAUUGAUUCUGUUUCUUUGAAUUUGCUACUCAACAUUCAAAAAGCUUUCAUUACGAUUUGUGUGAUGUAACAAAUUCAAAACGACAUAAAAUUUUUUCUCAGUUGGAGCAUCAUGUACUAUAUUUUUCAAAUAAGGUUCUAAAUUUAAUUCUCGCUGCCCUCUUCUCUUAACCUCCUUCUUUCAACCUAAAUUGUACUAAAAAAAUCUG